UCACCUUAUUAUUUUCGACGAAAAACUCACAAUUGUCAAAAUAACAGUGUCAAUUGUUAUUUGUUUAAUUGUCCUCAAACUUUAAAGUUCUAAAACAAACUGUGAAGUAAUCAAAUUUACUAAUUAAAUAUAAAUACGCAUAAAAUGAUCAAUAUCUGAACCUCAUGAGUUGAAUAACCGUUGAGAGUGAAUAAUAGUUAACAGACUUCCAGACUAAAAGUUCUUAUUACACGCAAUAGAGGAAUGGAAUUUAAAGUUCGAAACCACUGAAAAAUAUAAAAAUGGGCAGGCAUAAAGAUUGGAGAAAAGUUGCUAAACGUGAAAGAAGAAGAAAAAUUCGGACCAAAGCUGCUAGGGAACUGGACAGUUGUCCAUCUCCCUCAUGUAGUGAAUAUACAACAUGGCUUAAAGAACAGGAAUUGCUAGAAAGAUUUGAACUAGAACAAAUAGAAUUUCACAAUAAAAAGGAGAAUGAAAAGUGGAUUGAAGCUGAAAUAAUAGCAAUAGAAAAAUACAGAAGAAUUCAGGAAGAAAAAGAAAAGCAAAAUCAAAUACAAUUAGAAAAUGAAUUAAAAAUUAAACAAGAAUUAGAAUUAGAAAAGCAACGUAAAGCUAAAGAAGCAGAGAGAUUAAAAGAAAUAGAAGAAGAGAACAAAAAAAGACAAGAACAAUUUAUGUCUAAUUUAGAAAAGUUUUUGAGUGGAGAUUGUUCAGAUCCACCACAAGAAUUGCUUAUAUACCAUGAAACAAGACCAAACACUGAAUUAUGCCCUUUCUUUAUUAAAACGGCUUGCUGUCGUUUUGGUGACCAGUGUUCAAGAAACCACCAAUAUCCUGGAAUUAGUAAAAUACUUUUAGCCACAAAUUUCUAUAUUCAUUUUGGCUUGGAGAAUGCAAACUAUAAUGAAUAUGACACAGAUAUCAUGUUGGAAUAUGAAGAUAGCGAAACACUCAGGGAUUAUAGAGAAUUCUUUUAUGAUGUUCUACCUGAAUUUCAGAAGCUUGGCGAAGUUGUUGAAUUUAAGGUUUGUAAUAACUACGAGAAACACCUACGUGGUAAUACCUACAUAGAGUAUGCAGACCUGCGAAGUGCUGUGAAAGCGUAUCGCACGUUACACGCGCGAUGGUAUGGAGGAAGACAAAUGUCAUUACAAUUCUGUCAAAUACCAUCUUGGAAAGCAGCUAUAUGUGGUCUACAGUCAAGGAAAAGAUGUCCAAAAGGCCGUGCAUGUAACUUUUUGCAUGUAUUUUCAAAUCCAGAAAAGUUUUUUAGAAGGAAUUAUAGUACUGAGAGAAGGCGAAGGACACCGCCACGUUCAUGGCGAUGGUCAGAAUCACCCGAACGAGAAAUAAUAAAAAGGAAGCGUUCAAGAUCCAAAGAUAGACGAGAUACCAAAAUUAGAAGAAAGCGGCGUCAUUCAAAAAGAAUCCGAUCUGAUAGUUAAUUAAAAUUAUACUGCCGUACUCGUAAGACCUU